AAUCGAGUUCGCUGAUAAACCCUAAACCCUUUCCGGUUUUCCGUCAGUGUUCGUCCAUGCUCAAUCUGCCUCAUGUUCGUUAUCAGAAGAUUGUUCCUCCAAAACGCAAGUCCGUUUCCUCAUCCUCAUACAUCUCCUAAUCCACGUUUCUUCUACUCCAAACUCCGCGAUCACUACGCCUUUGAAUCCCCCCCUUCUAUCUCCCCAUCGCCGGAGCCCAAACCGCGCUCAAACAAACCUCCAAAACCGCGGUACAAACCGCCGUCGUCGCUCGAUCUUGUUGAUAAGAAGCCAAGGCGUUCAGAUUUGCCGUUCGAUUUCCAGUACAGUUACACGGAGACUAGCCCCUCGGUGAGGCCUAUUGGGCUUCGAGAACCGAAGUAUUCGCCGUUUGGUCCUGGGCGACUUGAUCGGAAAUGGACUGGGGUGUGUGCCCCGGCGGUGGACCCGAAGGCGACCACUGUAGAGGGCAUGGAAGAUCCAAAACUGGAAGAGAAGAGGAGGGUCAUGAGGGAGAAUAUACAAGGGGAGCCAUUGACAGGAGCCGAGAGAAAGGCCUUAGUGGAAACGUGUCAAAAGAAGAGAACAAAGAGGCAGAUUAAUUUGGGAAGAGAUGGUUUGACUCACAAUAUGUUAAAUGAUAUCCAUAAUCACUGGAGACAUGCUGAAGCAGUGAGGAUCAAAUGUCUAGGAGUUCCCACUGUUGAUAUGAAAAACGUGUGCAUGCAACUUGAGGACAAAACCUCUGGAAAGAUCAUUCAUAGGCAUGGUGGUUUUCUUGUUCUAUACAGAGGGAGGAACUAUAAUCCCAAGAAAAGGCCAUUCAUUCCCUUAAUGUUAUGGAGACCCCAUGAACCUAUUUAUCCCAGGUUGAUUAAAACUACAAUUGACGGACUAAGCAUUGAUGAAACAAAAGAAAUGAGAAAGAAAGGACUAGCUGUUCCUGCUUUGACAAAACUUGCAAAGAAUGGUUACUAUGGUAGUUUGGUACCCAUGGUUCGAGAUGCUUUUCUCUCCUGCGAGUUGGUUCGGAUUGACUGUCAAGGCCUUGAGAUUAGUGAUUACAAGAAAAUUGGCUGCAAGCUACGGGACCUUGUGCCUUGUAUCUUGGUGACAUUUGAGAAGGAGCAAAUUGUAGUUUGGAGGGGCAAGGAUUACCAGCCCUUGGACUCUGGAUGUUAUAUUUCAGUUAGAGAGUCCUUUGAUGAUGUUGAUGGUAAUAUGAAUUGUGUCGACCAUGAUGAGGAUGACGAUGAUUACUGCGAUGGGGGCAUUCAUUCUGGUAAUGAUGAGUAGUGCUUUAGUUGCUUCAUAUCACAUGUAAAUCAUUCUCCAAAGUAUCAGGAUCUUUUUAGCCUGAAGAUUGACCCAUAUUCUUUACCCAUAUCUCCUAUUGCCUUAUUCUUUUGCUCUCUUCCAUUGAAGGAGGGUGAAAAUCCUGUCCGGAGGUUCAAACAUUUAAUUUUUUGAUCGAGAGUAUAUAUCUUAGCCAUUUUAAUCGAGAGUAUAUAUCUUAGUCGGUUAAACUAUGUCCAAGUUGAGUUGAGCUAUGUCUACCAAGGGAAAUGUCUAAAAGAUGAUUAUAGAUUAUUUAUUGAAUCAUUGUAGUGUUUUAUUUAGAUUGGCUUCACACUUUUUGUUAUUGCA